UUCUGUACCCGGAACUUUGGUGUCCGGGCUGAUGCAAGCUUCGGAGUCAUUAAGAAGAAGGACCGGAUUAGCCGAUGCUAAACUGAUGCUAAGGUCCUUCGAAGCGAACAUAACAGCUUAUUUAUUUCACGGUCUGUGAUCCUAACCUCCUUUUUUCACAGUCUGACCCGUAUUCAGUCCGCAUGGUGUCUCGCAAACAGAAGCGGGUGUGGAAAUACGUGGAGGAGGGCAGUCUGCUGAAGCUGAAGUCGUACCUGCGGAAGCACCGGGACCUGGAUGUGAACUUCCACCAGGGCAGGAGGCAGAGGAGCCCGCUGCACCUAGCCUGCAGCCUGGGAGACGACGCUGCGCUGCGGCUGCUGCUGAAACACGGAGCCGAUGUUCUCCAGAAGGACCGCAAAGGAGACACGACGUUACAUAUCGCAGUCAACAGGGCUCUUAAACACGGGAAAACAGCGUAUGGUGACCUGGUUGAGCCUCUCAUAAAGAGCUGUCCAGAAGCUUUGAACGCUCCCAACAGCGCUGGAGUCACACCUCAAGACCUGCUGAACUGGAGAAAACAUAAAAAGAGUGCAGAAAACAUGAGCAGUCCAUCUGAAAGAGACCCUGAGAAGGAGUGGCAAGAAAAGCUGUUUGGUGAAUGCGAGGAUGAAUUCUGUGAAACCUUUGGAGUAUAUGAUGCCGAUGACUUUCUUCCUGUCGAUGAUGACGAGGAAGACUUUGGGGACUGGGCUGACCGUAUUAGAAAUGAUUAUUUCAAUAAAAAGCAUGCUGAAGCUCAAAGACUGGCAGCGUCGUCUUCUGGAUGGAAAAAAAACAAGAGUAAACAAGAGAGAGAGCAGGACGAGAAAAGCAACAAGGAGCUGCAUAAGAGGCUACAGAGGGAACACGAAGAGUAUCUGGCACGAGCAGCACGUAAAGAAGAAGAGACUCGGCAGGGUAGGAAGCGCAGGUACGAUGAAAGAUGUGCAGCUACUUUUGAUGGUGGCUCUUCAUCUGGUGGCACAAAGCUGAGCUACAGCGACAUCCCCUGGCCAGCUCCACGAGGUACAGUACAGGAGAUGCUGGAUGUGAUGCUGCACGGCGUGGACAGAAAGGACGUGCCAGUGUUUCGUAAAAUGCUCCGGAAGCAGCAAGCGCUGUGGCACCCUGAUAAAUUUGCUCAGCGAUGUGAAGCUCGGUUAGAGGAGAAGGACAAGAAGCGGAUCCUGGAUACAGUUACAGCUCUGUCGCAGGAGCUCAACAGACUGGCCCAGAGUCUGAGGACUUAAAAUUAGCUUUUCUGGAAAACUCUGUGAACAAACUGAACUCUAUCCAAAAUGAGUUCCAUUAAUGCAAAAGAACAACAACUUCCAGCACACUGUUUAACAAGAACUUCAUCAGGUGAAAUUCCUACGACAAACAGCACCAGUAUGUAAAUGUAGAACAACCCAAGGGCCCCUCUUGGCAUUUAUGCACAUUAAAGGUGCUCUAAGUGAUGUGACGCGUUUUUUAGGCUACAACAUUUUUUGUCACAUACAGCAAAC